AUGGACCCACUAACCGCUGUUGGCCUAGCUAGCAACAUCCUUCAAUUCGUCGAUUUUGCGAGAUCCAUUGUCAGCGACGCAAAGAAAUUCUACGAUACUACAUCGGGGGCAAAGGAUGAGUAUCAAGAGGCGACCCAUGGUGGCAACCUCUCUGAGGAAGAAAAGGAACUGAAGGAACUUGGCGAACAGUCGUCUUCUCACAAGGACUGGAUCAAAUCAUUGCAGACUCGACUAGAUCGGAUCAGCCAGCAGUUCACGGGCGAAAGGCUCCUUACUCAGCUCAAGCAUACGGAAACUACACUUAAGGAGAUUGCAGCUGAGAACCGCCGGCUGGCGUCAAGGAGCGAGGAAGACAUUCACCAUCUACAAGAGCAGCUUCAGCAUGUCAUUAUGAUGCUAGAAAGAGGAGAACGCCAAAGAGACGCUGCCAUAUCAUUGGCUGGUAUUGCCGAGACUGGAGCUCAAUUUUCUGCGGAACAAUUCAUACUCGGACGCCUGUUCUUCCACGGUAUGAAUGAGAGGCACACAAAUGUCCACGUCGAACAUGAGAAAACUCUCAGCUGGAUAUUCGAUGAAGACUCUCCCGAGGGGUUGCUCCAGUCAAUUCUUUACCAGCUGGUUGCGGCGAUUCCGCUGCUCUGCGCUCAUCUCUCUGAUGUCGACAUCAAAAUAUACGACGUGAUCAGAUUGAUCGAAGCGUUGAAGGCUUCCGCCGACCUCAAAGCAUGCGUGUCCAGUCGACCGUGGAAUGCAUUCGAACGAGCAUUCGGCCAGGACCAGGCGAACAAACUUUACAUGCAAGACUUGACGAAAUCUGACAUCAGAAAGUACGUCCGAGAUACUCUGGAAGAUGACGAAACGUUUCAGGAGCUCAUGGAGUCUGAAGGGGAAGCCAGUAGCAUGGAGUUGGUUCAUGACAUUGUCGACGCUGCUCAAGGCGUGUUCCUUUGGGUCAUUCUCGUGGUGAGAUCCCUUCUGGAGGGCCUCACGAAUUCAGACAAUUUCAAAAAACUGCAACAAAGGCUUCGAGACCUCCCAAAGGAUCUGAAUGAGUACUUCGAACGCAUUCUAUUUUCUGAUGAUAAUUUCUACAACGACCAGGCGUCGGCGAUGUGCCUGGUUACUCUCAUUGCCGCAAGGCCCUUACCCCUCAUGAGUUACUGUUACAGCUUGUCGGUUCACGACUUCAAGCCAUGA